GGCCCCGCUGCCCCCUGCUGGAGGGGACGCUGACCGGGGCUCCGGCGCGCUUGCGUGGUAGCUGGACGCGGGCGUUUCUUUCCUCCCUUUUUUUUCGAAUUGGUUUUGCGGGGUAGAUUCGAGUUACAAAAUGGCGGCCUGGACCGUGUUCUGCGCCGUUCUCGCAGCAGUUUCCGGCUGAGCGGACGACUGUCCCACUCCCUGCGGAACGCUGAGAGACGAGGCCCUCAGGGGACAUGGUGUUUGAGACUCGGGGUUUGCUGAUCACCGAGUCCUUCGAGAAUCUCCGCGCACCGGAAGCGGCCAGGUGCUCUCACCCGGCGACGAGCAGCCGCUGCACAUCCGAGCGCCGCCGCGCACUCGAGCUUCGCCGCGCCCACAACGCAGCGAGUGCUGCGGCAGCCGCCCGGGAGGUUCACAAAAAUGGCCAAAAGAAUUGCCGAGAAGGAAUUGACAGACAGGAACUGGGAUCAGGAAGAUGAAGCAGAAGAGGUGGGGACGUUCUCGGUGGCCAGUGAGGAAGUCUUGAAGAACAGAGCCAUAAAGAAAGCAAAGCGUAGAACUGCGGGAUGUGAAUCUGAUAGCGGGGGCGCCUUUAAAGGCUUCAAGGGUCUGGUCGCACCCUCUGGAGGAGGAGGGUUUUCUGGGUUUGGUGCCUGUGCUGGAUCGAAGCCUUUGGAAGGACUGUCCAAUGGGAACAGCGUGACCAGCGCCUCUCCCUUCUCCAGUGCCCGGGCCGCCCCCGAGACCAAGGUGGCCUUCGGGUCUGUCGCUGCGAAUGGCCCCGCCUCCUUGGUCGAUAGUAAGAUUUCAAAUCCCAAAACCAACGGGGACAGCCCGCAGCCCCCGCCGGGCCCCGGCCCCCGCGGGAGCGCCUACCACCGGCAGCUGGCGGCCCUCAACUGCUGCGUGCGGGACUGGAUCGUGAAGCACGUGAACGCCAACCCGCUGUGCGACCUGACGCCGGUCUUCCGGGACUACGAGAAGUACCUGGCGGGCAUCGAGCAGCAGCUCGGCGGCGAUGGCGGCCCCGCCCCUGCCCGGGGACCCGGCAAGAUGCCACUCGACACGCAGCCUCCCGCCCUCUUCGCUUCAGCCAAGUCUCAGCAAGAGCCCCCGUUUGUGUUCCCUGGGGACAGAAGGGAGGAGGGCGCCCCCGAAAGGAGGGCCGAGGCUGUGCCUGAAAACAAGGCUGACCCGUCCCCCGGAGCGACAAGCGCCUCGUUUAAUUUCGGCAAGAAAGUCGAUGGGUCUGUUUUUCGCUUGUUAAACUCUGGCCCCCUGGCCGGGUUUUCACUUCCUUCUGGAAACUCCAGUUUGUUUGGCAAAGACAGUGCCCAGAAUAAACCGGCUGCUUCGCCGUUUUCCAUCCAGACGCCUGAGCGGCCCGCGGACGGCGGAGGUGCCGACUGCAAAGGUGGAGAUGAAGAAGAAAAUGAUGAGCCGCCCAAAGUAGUGGUUACGGAGGUCAAAGAAGAAGAUGCUUUUUACUCCAAAAAGUGUAAACUGUUUUACAAGAAAGACAAUGAAUUUAAGGAGAAGGGUGUAGGCACUCUGCACUUAAAACCAACAGCGAACCAGAAGACACAGCUGUUGGUGCGGGCAGACACCAACCUAGGCAACAUACUGCUGAACGUCCUGAUUCCUCCCAAUAUGCCAUGCACCCGAAUGGGGAAAAACAACGUGCUGAUUGUCUGUGUCCCCAACCCCCCUGUGGACGAGAAGAACGCCAGCAGCCCGGUGACCAUGCUGAUUCGGGUCAAAACCAGCGAGGACGCGGACGAGUUGCACAGAGUCCUGGCGGAGAAGAAGGGCGCCUGAGCGCCCGGCCGCGGCCGGCGGCGGCUCUGCCCCGCCCCGCAGCCCAGGCGGCCUUUCUUUUUCCGCUGACAUUCUCAGAACGUUAGAUAACUGAACACUUUUGUGAGGAAGAUCGAUAUGGCCAAUAAAACAUUUUAAUGUUUAGUGUCAAGAAACUGUAUUCUGCCUUCUUGAGAACUGUCUAAUGUAUAAAAUACAUUUGAAAGAAAUUUUGGGAAAGAUUUUUAACAUUCAUUUAUUAAACCAACCACAAGUGAUUUCUUAACGGACUGAAUCAGGGUAUCGAUUGGAUUUCCAAAGGCUUUUCCGAGCCGUGGGCGUGGGCGAGGCCCGGACGGCGGAGCGGCCCGUGGAGCCCGGCGGACGCCUGAGGACAGCGCUCUUCCCGAGCGAGCCACGCCGCCGCGCUGGGACCGCCGGCUUUCCUGCCUUUAUGUGUUCCUUUCAAGCUGCAUCGUGGGGACCGGACGUCCCCUUCCGCGUGGGGCCGAGCAGCAGCUGCGGGCGCCCACCGCGGAGGCUGCUGCCCAUGAUUCGGGACCUGCUGCUUCAUUUCAAAAGGAAACAAGUAGCCUCUCCUUUGGUUUUGUAGUUUUGUUACGAGGUGCUGUUGCUUGUGUAUCCCCUGGUCACGGAAGGGGCAGAGGGGCAUGGCCGGGAAUGAAGUUUAAAAGCACAAAUUUGGUAGCUUAUGGUUUCUAAACCAUGGACGGUAAACCUUAUGAAACAACGUGAAGUCCAAGUUAAAGUGCAGGACAGAAUGGAGCGGGUCCGCUUAGUCACGUGGCCGGGGAGAGCCCUGUAGCGCUCGCCGCUGCUCUCCACGUAGGGCUCAGGCGCCUUGAUCGCAGGCUGUGCGGCUCAACCAGAAGGCACGCGGUGCGCCUGGGAGGAGAGCAGGGUGAGCGGCCGCUGCCUUCCACUGCCACGCCGGGCCGCUCGGCGCCUGGCCUGAGACUCCCGUCAUUCAGGAUGUCCCCUGGAAGGGGCCCUGGUGAGCACAAGAACACCGUGUCUCCUCCACGCUGUCAGGUCCCUGAUCCUAGCGUUUGCGAGACUGGGCACACGAGUAGGUGUGUCAGUGCUGAAAGGUCCGUUUUUGCAACUCCUUCGAUGCUGGCACCGGGCGACCUUGUUUAAUAAGGCUCAGGGCCCGUGCCUGCGGGCUCCUGCUUGUGUGUUCUGCUCCUCAGCGCACAUCUCCUGACUCAGAAGAGUCAAGAUGACUGUAGAUAGUGUAGUUGCUUUAAAAGUAGUUUUUAGAUGUAAAUUGGGCAGGGAAACAGGAUCAAAUACGUUUGUCGCAAGAUUCUUGGACGACGCCAUUUUCUAACUGCAGCGGGGGUGUCAGGGCCAGAGCGCGUGACUUCGGACAAGUCGCGCGGAGCAAGGUGUACCUGCCUCUGCGGGAGGCGGUGAGACCCAGCUCGUCCUGGGAGUGCGGGUCCGAGGACAGGUGUCGGGGAUGUGGGCAUGGGCGCUUCGGAGCUGAGGUUACAACCCAUGUCCUGUUUUGUACAGAGGAUUUAUAGUAAGUGGUCGAUGCUGUUACAGUCAUCCUGCCUCUGCCCGUGCUCCUGGGUCACCCAGCUGUUGGAACUGGGGGACGGAGUCUGACUUCGGCCGGCGCCCCCAGGCCCCUGUGGAGCUGACGCCCUGGGCCUUUGCCGGGACCGGUGUUGGACGGAAGGGGCGUGCGUGGGGCGCCUUUUUACUCCCUGGUCAUGGGGUCCCCAGCGUUGUUUUAAGUUAGUGGACGUAUGUGGCUUUCCUUCCCGACAUUCCCAGCCACUUCUCGCUGCUAAGACUCACUGUUAAAGUGAAAACUACAGGGAAAAUGUGGUGUGUCUACCAUAACUCAAAAUGUGACAGCUUUCCUAAGAUGCUCACGCUUUAGGGAUCGGCUGGUCUCCACUUGAAGCGCGCGCUAGUACGGAGGAGCCCAAGGGUGCGUGGGUUUCACUGUGAACCCCUAACCCGGUCGGCCCCCCGGGGAGGGGGCCUUUGCCCUGGAGGGCUCAUGUUUCCUUCCCCAGUGUGUUGAUUGUUUUUAACAAAGUAUUAAGUCUUUAAACAGAUUAAACGUGGGCCAAAAUUCUCAUUUUUGGUUGAAAAACCUAUAAAGUGUACCGCGUACGUGGCCUAAAGUGAGGUGUGUGUGUCUUUUGUUCUGAAUCAGGCAUCGCUGCAUCUUGAUGAACGCCCAGCAUCUCAGUGGCCUUUCCUCAGAGCGGCGCGUCCGCCUCACCCUUCUGAGCAUUCCCGGCGGGCAAAAAACGGACGGUGCCGUCCUCACUGUCGGAGUUCCAGGCUGAAAACGCGUGUCCAGGUUUUUAAGACGUUUACAUUGCAUUUGUUGCGGAAGGACAAGGCUGACUGUUUAGGGACUGAUUUUCUUUCAUAGGACGAUUGUUUUACCAUGUCAUUUCUAAAUCAUAUUUUUGAUAAUGCUGCAUGCCAAAAACAGCUACCUGAAAUGCCGCCUUCCUGCGGGCUCAGGGGCUCGCGGGGACGGCCUGUGUGGUUUUGUUUCAGAGGACAAGAGUGGUUCUGGAGCAUUUGUCCACGAUUCCAGAACAGUCCAAACGCAAGCACAGUGCAUGCGAAGGCUUCGCAAACUAAGCAGCUCCCCCCCCCCGCCCCAAAUGCCAGUAACCAUUCUCAUUUGUAAGUGACACUUCUAAGUAGAAGCUGGUUGUCCUGUAGCACCAGCAGGUGACAGUGAGGGGCUGGGAACUGGUCUUCCAAUCCUGGACUGCGAGCCCGCGGCCGCUUGGAAGGUCGCGGCCAUCGUGGGAAGAACUUUUGCGGACACAAUUUUAACGGAAAUGGAACACUUCCUAGCAAUCAAAUGGAUAAAUUGUUUGCUUUCUAUUUUACAGAGGAAAUUGUUUUUUAAAUACUUGAACUGCCAGACAAUGUAAUCUCAGUUUGUAUUACUUUUUGAAUGAGCCCAUUGAGGAAGUGUAACGAUCCAUGAAAUGUGAAUAAAUGGCAAGGAAACAAAA